AUGCGGACCAUUACUCUGUCUCUGCUGACGGUUGUCCUAACAUUAAGUCUGGCAGAAAGAGAUGGCAACAACCACAAGACGAAGGACCGUGCAAAGCGGGAAGCCCUGUCGCGCUCUAAAAGGAGGUGGGUUCUGUCCACCAUUGAGCUGGUGGAGGAAGACCCUGGCCCUUUCCCAAAAGUGACCACACAGAUGUUCAAUGACAAGAAAGAUAUCGCGCCAGACCGUAAGUAUCGUAUCAGUGGCAUGGGUGUGACCGAGGAGCCGUUGGGAGUGUUCUCCAUCGAUGACCACACUGGAGUAGUCUAUGUCCACAAGGCUAUCGACAGGGAGACAUAUUCAUUCUUCCAUAUAAAGUUUGACAUAUUGGACAGAAUGACCGGUGAGCUUAAGGACAGGACACUGGCUUUUGAUGUGGCAAUAAAGGAUAUCAAUGACAAUGCACCUUACUUUGACCCUGCUUUAAUAAAAGCGAACGUGAAGGAGAAUUUUAAAGAAGGUUAUUUGCCAGUGCGACUGCAAGCCUGGGACACUGAUGAGGAUAAAACCCCCAACUCCACCGUUACUAUCAGCAUCCUCUCCCAGCAGCCCAGCGAACCAAAGAUUAAUGUGGUUCAGGAUGCAGGCUCCAAAUCAGGACAACUCACCUUUGAAGGUUGCUUUGAUUAUGAUAAAUCCAAGAAUUACAAAAUCAUUAUCCAAGCUAAAGAUCAUGGAAAGCCUCCCAUGUCGUCCACCGCCACUGUAAUUCUCAAUAUCAUUGACUCAAACAGUUAUGCACCCAAGUUUAAGGAAAAGACGUACAACGGCGAGGUGUUGGAGAUGGAAAUCAACAAGGAGAUUUUGAGAGUUGCUGUGGAAGACAAAGACACCCCUAAGACCCCUGGCUGGCGUGCCACGUACUCUAUCAUACGCGGCAAUGAAGAAGGAAACUACAAAAUUGAGACUGACCCCGAAACUAAUGAGGGCAUAUUGACCGUUGUCAAGGGUAAGGAUUUUGAGAGGACAACCUUGACCACACUGCAGAUUGAGGUGCAGAAUGAGGAGCCACUGUUUGUGUGUGGUGCUGGUGCUCCUGUCAAACCUCCACCUGCUGAUUCAGUUAACAUCACAAUCAAAGUGAUCGACGUCAAUGACCCACCUGAGUUUGAAAAGGUUCUGGUUGACGUGUACCGGAGGGAGGAGGCGGAACCAGGGGAGGUGCUGAACAUACCAAAGGUUAUGGACGUGGAUUCGGAUGUUAACAAUACCCGGUAUGAGCUGAUAGAGGAUCCAGCGGGAUGGGUGUCCAUCGAUAAGAAAACAGGAAAACUCACCGCAGUGCAGAGGAUGGACAGAGAAUCGCCCUUUGUUGACAAGAACAACAUUUACAAAGUUUUAUUCAUUGCUAUAGAUGAUGGGGUUCCUCCAGCCACAGCAACAGGCACCGUCCUGAUCCACUUGGGAGAUAUCAAUGACAUCACACCCAAGCUGGUCAACAAUAGCAUUGUUAUGUGUGGCAACAAGGUCAAUAAGAUCAUGGUGCCUGCCAAGGAUGAAGAUGCCCCUCCUUUCAGCGGGCCCUUCACCUUCUCCCUUGGGGGCGAGGACAAAACACUGAGCCAGUUUUGGAAACUAGACCCUUCCACAGGUGAUGCAGGUGGGCUUGUUAGCCUGAAGAGCUUGGCCUACAACAACUACUCGGUUCCCCUGGUUAUUCAGGACCAGCAGGGCAUUGCGUCAGCAGAAACUUUGGAGGUUAUUGUGUGUGACUGCGGAACUGGGGAAGUGUGUCGUGAGAAUCUGCCACUUUCAGCCGGCCUUGGUUCACCUGGCAUAGGCCUGAUCAUUGCAGGACUUCUUCUGUUUCUGUUGCUGCUGCUGUUAUGUAUGUGUGAGUGCGGAGGGAAGCAGUUCCAGCACAUCCAAGUCCAGCAAGAUGAGGGCUGCCAGACUCUCAUAAAGUACAAUGAAGAGGGAGGGGGCUCCACAUGCCAGGCUGAGCCUACCCUCAUUCUGCCCCCCUUCAGCAGUACCGAUGGACAGAAGCUGUCCUCAAUGCAGUAUGGCUCUGCAGGGUUCUCACACUCGCUGUCCCUGCUGUCGGACCGCAACCUCACAGAUCACAUAGACAGGAGGCUGUCUACGAUUGAGGAGGACCACCCGGUGUACCCACCCUGUCAGUACGCCUACGAGGGAGAGGGCAGCAGAUGCAAUUCGCUGGAUGAACUGUCAAUGGACCACCUGGAAGACGAUCUGGACUUUCUGAAUGAUUUGGGGUCGAGGUUCAAGACCUUGGGAGGCAUCUGUCACCAAAGCAUGCGGGAAGGGGACGUAUAAGUUUGAAUCGUCUUGCUGAACUUGGAUACUUGUGCCACUCAACUCUAUUAUCAGGGAUUAUAAGGGAUUAUAGACAGAUCUGGCUUUUAGAGAGAGGAUGACGCGUGUUAAGCCUCCACUCGACUGUGCCAUGUCAUAUCAGGAAGACUGGCUCAAACGUUUGAAACAAGGAUGAGACUUUCCAUGGGUUUUUUUUUGUUGUUUUUGUUUUAUUUUGUUUUUGCUUGCAGGGCAAUGACUGAUGGAAUUAAUGCACUGAGCAAAUGUCACGCUCUGAAGGCUUCGUAUGGCUUGGCGUUGGGACUGGGUGUGUUGACUUGGCUUUAGCGCUGCUACUUUUUGGCUGAUGGCCACCAUUGCUCAUGAGGCAUGAGAUGCUGUUGGGAGCGCCUGAUUUCUAGCUCUACUGGCUUUCUUGGGAAAAGUUUAAUUGAUGUAGUUUGAUGAAAGGCUUUUGGUUGUUUUUUCUUUCUUUCUUUUCUUUCUUUCUUUUUUUUUAACGAAACACAUCUUGAGUUUUGUGAGUUCCAUGAUUCCGGCCUGGAUUUUUCCUUUUUUUUUUUUUUUUAUAAGAUGUCAUACUCUCACCAGUCUGCUUUCCAAGAACUGCUUGACCCACACAAUCUCGCAUGAAGGAGAGGAAAACCAAAAGAAAUUUGGCAGGUUUGAUCUCACCAGCAAACCUCACCCAUAACAGGACGAUGGCAUCUCGUCUGCUGAGUGCAUGUGCUUUACCAUCUGUUAACCUCUGCAGGCUGUUGUCAUUUCUCUGGUGAGAGGUUAGUGCAGAAAUCACAUUAUAUAUACUUUUAAUGUGGACAUGUAUUGUUUCUCAGGUAACGUUGGUCAUUGCAUGGUAAUUUGGGGUAUCACAUAAGUGAAUCAAUCACCUUUUCUGCUUUCAUUGGGAAAAAACAAAAAACAAAAAACAAAAAUUUAUUCAGUAUUCUAAGCUUCAAAAAUGUGGAAGUUAAAUUUCAGUACUGUACCUAAUACAUGUAAUAGUGAAGUUAUCACUUUGUAACAGCUGUGACUGUAAAAGAGCAGCUUACUGCACUUUAAAAAACAAUUGUGUCAACCUCUUAUAUUUAGUUAUAUUUUUCAAAACAAAAGUCUUCUAGGGUCCGCGGUGGCGUAGCGGUCUAAGCAUCGGCUUUGUGUCAAUGCAGUUGCCCACUGGGGACCGGGGUUCGCGCCCCGGUCUCAUCAGAUCCCACUAUGGCCAGACUCGAUGAAGCAGCACUAAUUGGCAACGCUGCCUUCGGGAGGGGGGCAGAGUUGGCUUGUGUUCGUCACAUGAAUGCGUGUGGGGUGGGGUGGGGGGACAAAAGCAGUGGUUCGGCCUGGAGUCACCUUGUCACGGAAGUGGCGAGGCGUCUCCUUCCCGAGACUGCCGGCCAGAGAGAUGCAGUUGGCGAAUGCAUACAGUACGAGGGUGAAAGUUUGAACUAAAAUAGGGAUCAACUGGCCACUAAAUUGGGAGAAAAAGGGAAAAAUCAGAAAUAAAUUUAUUAAAAAAAAGGCUUCAUUAAAUCCCACAGUUCAACCGAUACUUAUAAAAGGCCAGAAGAAAACUGCAAUUCGGGUAUUACAAAAAGAAUAUUUUAGUAUUAAGGCCAAAUACAUGCAAGGGAAAGGUCUUAAACACUACAUAUAUACUUUUAAACGUUAUUUUUAUCACCAGUCUUUUUACACUGAAUUCUUAAUAAAAUAUCCCUACCGAGUGUACACAAAGCUGCGUAAGUGUGACGAUAAAAAGUCUAGUAUUGUCAUUAACAGUACUUAAAAUCAGUGAUCAUAUUUAACUUUUCAUGUCUAAAAACCUCGAACAAAACAUAAUCAAACAUCCAACAAAGUUUUUUGUUCGUAAAUGAAUAAAUUUGUGUUUUUUUAAACCUUUGUCCAUAGCUGUUCUCACUUGUCUCAGGAACUGUGGGGGAGUGUCCCUGUCCUCAUUAAUAUUCAUGAGCUUACCUUUGCGUAACAAGUACAAGCAAGAGUUGAUGGUGAGGGUGGGCGGGGCUUCGUAGUUGAUCAUAUCACCUGACAGGCUGUAUGUGAACGAUUAUGUACAUGAUGACAUCAUAAGUAUCAUA